UCAUCAUAAAAAUUCACCUUUAUACUUCUCAUUUUUCUAGCUUAAUUGGGGUUGUGGGAUUAAAUAAUGGGGAAUCGGUGGGGUUUGGGGCUCCAUUUUAUUAUUGUAACUAUUAUUAUGGUUGCAACAAUAAAUACAUGUUUGGGGGCUCGUAAUAUAAACAGCACGGUGGCUUGCUUUGAGCAUGAGCGGCUUGCUCUUCUCAAAUUCAAACACAGUGUCAGAGAUGACAAUGGUAUGUUGUCAUCAUGGGUUGGCAAUGACUGUUGCCGCUGGGAAAGAGUCAUGUGUGAUGGUGUCACUGGACAUGUUGAGAGUCUUUAUCUCAGUCGUGAUGAAGACUUCAUCUUAGUUAGUAAAGAGUUGAGCACUUCUUUAGGAGAGUUGAGGCAUCUAAAACACUUGGACUUGAGUGGGAAUGCUUUUCGAGGAAAUCAGAUCCCUGAGUUCAUUGGAUCCUUCAAACAACUAACUUACCUCAAUCUCUCUAAUGCAGAUUUUUCUGGUAUUAUUCCUUAUCACAUUGGAAAUCUGUCUAAUUUAAAAAGUCUUGAUCUUAGUUUAAACUAUUACAUUCGUAUUGUUAGUUCAAGCGGUGUUAUUGAGAAUCGUCUGAUCGCACAUGAUGUGAAUUGGAUUUCUGGCCUUUCGUUACUUGAGCAUCUUGACUUGAGUUCUGUGAAUCUUACUGGAUUAAAAAUCCUUGAUGUGGUCCUUUACAUGGCGCCUUCAGUAAAAGUGUUAAGUUUGUCAGAUUGUGGUCUUUUAAUUAACGAUAGUUGUUUGCUUCGUAAUUUGAGCACUACACUUUCCAACAUCAAACACCUAGAUCUUAGGGGUGGGAAUAUUUUCACAGGUAAACUCCCUCACUUUUUUCAAAACCUGACAUCCCUACAAUUCCUGGAUCUUUCAUUCGUUCCUCUUGGUGCUUCAUCCAACUUUGCAAACUUGCUAAGCGUGAUCCCUUCUUUAGUAGAGCUCCACUUGUCAUAUUGUAGUUACCUCAAAGAGACGCAUCUAUCUCAUAUUCUUCAUAAUCUUACUACCCUUUCUAACAUCCAAUACUUAGAUCUAUCUUCAAACAUGUUAACAGGUUCAAUUCCAGAAUCUCUGAAAAAAUUAAAAAUGUUACAAGUGUUAGAUCUAUCUCAUAACGACUUAAUGGGUCCCAUUCCGACAUUCCAUGGGAAACUUAAGGAACUUUACCUUUCUGGCAAUUACUUGAAUGGUUCAAUUCCAGAAUCCAUCGGAAGAUUAUCUGGUUUAACAGCUUUGUCUCUAGACGAGAAUAAGUUAAGCGGGACUAUUCCAGUUUCAAUUUCAAUUGGGCAACUCUCUAAACUCCGUUCUCUUGAUGUCUCUUAUAAUUCUUUGGAAGGAGCAGUUUCUGAAUCCCAUUUAGCUAACCUUUUGAUGUUGGAGGACUUAAAUACAGCUUAUAACAGUAAGUUGGCUUUCAAUCUUUCACAUGAGUGGCUGCCUCCAUUCCAAUUAAUACAUAUUGAUAUGAGUUCUUGCAAGACUGAAAAUGGAUUUCCUCAGUGGCUUCGAAAUCAGAGGAAACUUCAAAGAUUAGUGUUAUCUAACACAACCAUUUCAGGACCUCUGCCCACAUGGUUGCGAAAGAUGCCCAUCAUUCCUGUCAUGGAUCUCUCCCACAACAACCUCAGCGGACCUUUAACCAACCUUCCUAAUGGGGUUGCUAAUGUGGAUGAUGAGGAUUUUAUUGAACCAGUGUUAUUUCUUCAAAAUAACACUUUCAGUGAGUCGAUUCCAAGGUCCUUGUGCAAGAGGACAGAUUUAGUUUGUCUUGAUCUUUCCAAGAAUAGGUUAACUGGAGAAAUUCCCAAAUGUUUCAAGAAUCUGCAAAACCUGCGGUUCCUGAGAUUAAGCUCAAAUGGGUUAAGUGGCACCAUUCCAAGUUUUAUAGGGCACUUGUCAAUAUUAGGAUCGCUAAACUUGAACGAUAAUAACUUUAGUGGUGAGCUUCCUGCAGAACUUUGGAAUUUAAGUGAGUUAUUGGUCUUAGAUUUGGGUGAUAAUGUAUUCUGUGGAAAAAUACCAGAAUGGAUUGGAGAAAAAAUUAAAUCAUUGCAGGUUUUCAGGUUACACAAGAAUAACUUCACCGGAGGAAUUCCUCGAUCUCUGUGCACACAUAUAAAUCUUCAAAUUUUGGAUGUUGCACACAACAGCUUAACAGGGACAAUCCCUCAUUGUCUAGGAGAAUUGCAAGGUAUGCAUGACAGUCAUUACGGUGUUGGUAUUAAUAAGCCUAUUGAGGAGGGGCUGGUUCAGGUUAUAAAAGGCAGUUCUCUUGAAUAUACGAAUACAUGGAAUUAUGUCAAGAACAUGGACCUUUCAAGCAAUAAACUUGUUGGAGACAUACCUGUAGAGUUAACUACACUUCAGGGAUUGAUGGGUCUCAAUUUGUCCAAUAAUCAUCUUAGCGGAUGCAUUCCAGACCACAUUGGAAACAUGAAAGCAUUAAAUUCUCUCGAUUUAUCAGGAAAUGAGUUGGGGGGUAUGAUCCCACCAAGCAUCGCAACUUUGACUUUUUUGAGCUACUUGAAUUUGUCAAACAACAAAUUGUCAGGCCAAAUUCCAACAGGAAAUCAAUUGCAGACCCUCAUUGAUCCAUCAAUAUAUGCGGGGAACAAAGAUCUAUGUGGCCCUCCGAUGCCAAAGAAUUGCUCCAAUCCUGAUGACCCAACCAUAACUCCCAAUAAAAAGUAUGAAGCAACUCAUGAGCCCAACAAGGUAUGGUUUUAUAUGGACAUAAUGUGUGGUUCUGCAACAGGCUUUUGGGGAGUUAUUGUAGUUUUGAUGUUAAAGAAGCAAUGGAGAAAUAAGCUUUUCAUGUUUGCUGAGGAGUCCAUGGACAAGAUACACGUUGCAAUCAUGGUAAGAGUUAACAAGAUGAGGAGAGGAAGAGGAGCCAUAUAGAUCCACUCGAAUGCAAGUAGUUCUCACACACACACACAUAUAUAAAUAUAUAUCAUAAAUUCUUGUUUUUCAUUUUUUUGCUGCUUUUAGGAUUUUAAUCAUAAGGUAUUUGUUAUAUGGUGUGUGUGUGUGUGUUUAUGUAUAAAUUUGUUAUGUAGUUCUUAUCCAUGUUAAUUUUAUGAUUUUAAUAGUUUUGAAUGGUAUUUCGUAAUCAUAUU